AUGGCCCCACACACCCGCGCUGAGACCAACCUGACUCCACUCUCUGGAAGAAACUCUACAUCAUCUCCUAGAGUGUGUACACCUCUACCUCAACAGGAAUCUGAGAUUCCUGAACCCACUGCACACUUUGGCAUAGGUUCUUCAACUGCCCUGCCACCACCGCGGCCUCUACACACCUAUGUCUAUCAUAAAGAUAGAGAGAUUAAGGUCAGAGAUCCUCUGAGAUACAAGAGAAACACAUUAUCUGAAUUUCACAGCUUUAUUCAUAUUCUUGAACAGAAAUUCCACCUUAAUCUGAGCCAGUAUAAUACUCAUGAGAUAUAA